AAGUACAAACACAGAUUAUUCCCCCAGUUGCGCCUGGUAGUCUUGGAUUCAUUCAAUUGACGUGAGACAGAUUUUUAGGACUCAUCAUCAUCAUCAUCAUGAGGAAGGUAGCCGGCAGACACUUGUUGUGCUUUCUCCUACUUGCGUUCCCGCUGUCCUGGGCAGAGGACAUGAAGCAAGAUGUGAAGAAGAGUGAGAAUAACGUAGAUUGGAGCCAAGCGAAGACCAGACGACUGUUUGCGAGACGAAAGAUUUCUCCACCACAGGAAAGUCACACUCCUAAAAACAAGUCAAACGUCAUGACCCCUGCCCGUCGCUGUGGCCACUUGAUGGAGAGCUGCUCCACCCAUGUCCCGUGCUGUGACCCCUGCGCUUCCUGCCACUGUCGACUCUUCAACACCAUCUGUCACUGCUGGAGGAUGAACCCCCUGUGCUUAAAGAAGACGUAGAUGAAGCACAAACGCGCACAUGCACAGAUACAACCCAGCACCUCCAUUAUACAGUGACAGGCAUAUAUAAACAAAGAAAUGCACAGUUCAGAUAACAUUUAUACUAAGACGUUUGGGAAAUCAUGAAAAAAAAAGUUAUUUGUAUUGUCUGUGGCUUCAACACUUGAAGGAUGAAAGGAGAGAAGAGGAUGAAAUAAUGAAUCCUGUGUUUUUUUUGUCUUUAGUCUUCUAAGUGAUAAAGAUGAAAAUAUUCACAUAAGUAUAUACAGAAUAUCCAAAUACCCAACAUACAGUAUGUACAGUAGGUGAAGCAAAGGAUGAGUGACAUUGCUUUUUCAUGUAUGUAGACAAACACAUGUAAACUACAAAUUAAAAGUCUGACUUUUCUGAUCCUAUGUAAAAUAUUCCUUGGAGAACAGAUGCAU